AGUACACUACACCAAGCGUGACUGAAUACAGCCCUACUACAACGGAACAUUAAGAUGAAGCUCCUGAUUGUACUCGCAUUUGUGGCGGUGGUCGCCGCUCGACCUGAAGAUGACUACAGCCGCUACGAGAACUUCAACGUCGAUGAAAUUACGGGCAACACACGUCUGUUGAAAGCGUACUGCGAAUGUUUCCUCGGAUCUGGAAAGUGUACGGCUGAAGGCAAAGACUUUAAGAAAUGGAUUCCGGAAGCAAUGCAAGACAAUUGCAGCAAAUGUUCUGAAAAACAAAAAGUUCUAAUUUCUAAGAUGAUCAUCGCAAUACAAGAGCAAUUACCUGAAGAGUGGGUAAAGCUCAACAAAGAAUUCAAUCCUGACAGCAAAUACGAUGAAACAAUAAAAGAAUUCCUUGCCAAAUACGGACACUAAAAUUCAACAGAAAUGGUCGUAUAGCUGGCCCGCUGAGCCAUAGUCUUUUUAGUUAAAAUCAGAAUACGUGACCACACUCUCUGCAUUUGUAUUGAUGUAUAUUUUUGAUAAUGUUUAGCACAUAUGUGAUAAAUAAAUAAUAAAUUCCUUUACGUCAAA